AUGGCCGGAUUGGCAGGGGACCAGGGCUCCAAGCGGAAGCGAGUCUUUCGCGCCUGCGACUCGUGCCGUGCCAUGAAGUCAAAGUGUGACGGAGCCCGUCCUGCUUGCGGCCGGUGUACGGGGUACGGGUACAAGUGCCUCUACGGCUAUGCCGGGAAACGCAACCAACGCCACCGCAUCGACGAAGUAUCGGCAGAGUCGGCGUCGGCAUCGCUGCCGUUGCCGUUAUCCCACGAUGACGAGUCCCACAACAACGCAAUUGCAGCACUACAGCUGACGGCCCGGGACUACAGCAGCCUGGUUCGUGCCGUGGUGCAGAGGCUGCCAGAGCCCGAGCAGCCCUCUGUGCUCGACGUGCUAGAGAAGCUGGACGAGCGAGUCGUACAUGAAGCACAAAUCAGGGCGCCUGCUCGUCCAAGUCUGGGGCAUGCAUCUGCAUCCAAGGCGCCAAACACUGCAGCGCCCACGAGGAACGCGUCAUCCACCACGGCCGCCCGGUCGGUGGAGCGGUAUCUGGGCGAGGUCAGCGAUGUCCGUUUCUUCAACCUCGUCGACCGGGCGUUGGCGGGACCGAGGAACCGUUCGUCUCAGGUAUCGGGGCAUCUGGCGGCCGUGAUCCAUGAUGUAGCAACUUCGACCGGCGCCAACGACGACGAUGCUCUCCAAAGCUAUGAGCAGGACGGCGCAGCAACAAACGAAGAUACGAUGGUCGAGUUCCCCGACGCCGACGCCGCCGGCCGUUAUCUGGACAUUUACUUUUCCACCAUCCACGUCGCCUAUCCGUUUUUGCCGCGCGCUUUAUUCAUGAAGACAUACGAACGGUACGUAGGCCAGGAUCCCAACAGUGCCGCUGCCGACAUCAGUGACACCUGGCUAGCCACCAUGUACACGCUCUUUGCCAUUGGCGCCUGCUACGAAAAGGCCGCAUCAGGCAGCGAGGACGCCCGCCACGAGCAAUACUACCGCCACGCCCUGGCGCUCUCGUCCGGUGUCCAUCGGAGCAGUGGUGCCAGCAUGCACCCCGACACCCUCGAGCGGUCGCUGCACCAAGUCAGUUUUUUGUUGGCCCAGUGCUUCUAUCUGCUGGCCGUGUGCCGCACCGACAAGUGCUGGACCACGCUGGGACUGGCGGUGCGCAUUGCCCAGAGCAUCGGGCUGCAUGUAGACGCAGGUUGUCUUCCACACGGCACGCAUGGCCAGGGCCAACGACGUGACGGCGAUGCAGUAAGCGCUGCGGCUUUCCAUAACGCCGAGCUGCGUCGCCGUGUGUGGUAUUCCGUGUAUGUUUUAGACCGCCUUCUGGCGCUGCAGCUAGGCCGUCCGCCGGCCAUCCACGAUGAGGACUGCCACCUGCUGCUGCCCUCGCGGCUAGGAGAUGGGGACAUUGACUGGCUGGGAACGACCUCGGAACAGCAGCCUCCUGAUGCUGGCGUGCCGACAGUUGGCGACUACUUUGUCCACAUGAUUGCGCUGUCCAAAAUCAUCGGAUAUGUCCUGCGCGAUCUGUACAGCCCGCGGGGCCUGAACGGACUGCGCGGCGACACGGGUGAUACCAGCCUCGACAAAGACGACACCCUCACCGGCUGGCUGCUCCCCACAACAAAACGUCUCGACCGCCAGCUGCUCGAGUGGCGCCGCGCCCUGCCCCGCAAGCUGCGCUUCGACUUUGGCCACGCCUUUGACACCGCCGAGGCCUCGCCCGCCACGUCCGCCAUCUUCAGGCGGCAGCGCAACAUGCUCGCCAUCAAGUUCCACCACCUGCGCGCCGUCAUCCACCGGCCGUACCUGUGCCUGCCGCUGCUGCAUGGUCAGGGCCAAGGCCACGGCGCGUCCACCAUCACGUCUCCCAUCGCCCGCCGCUACGAGACCGUCUGCAUCCUCGAAGCCCGCGCUACGGCCCAGCUGUUGCACCAUGUCGUCGACAAGCAGAAUCUUGUGCACGACUUUCCCUGGUGGCAGAUGAUUUCGUGUCUGGUGUAUGCGAGCUCGAUUCUGGUCGUUGCAAGUGCUUUUGCGCGGCGAAAUACGGCCGGUGAAGGCAACAGUCAAAUCGACAGUAGCGAUGGUGAUGGCAACGACAAUCUCGGCAUUGAUGGAACGUCCACGCCCGUCGACGCUGACGCUCUGGAUGCCGCUGCCCUUGAGGACGACGCCGAGACGUGCUUGACUGUCUUUGAAGCACUGAGUCCGAAUUCAGAGAGUGCCCGGCUGGCGCGCGAUAUGAUGCGGAGGCUCAAGGCGAGGGGUGCGGCAUGGAGGUGGAGGGAUAUGCAUGGGAGAGACACCCCAGGCGACACGGCGGCAGAGGCGACGAACACUGCACCACCACCUUCUCAAGCACCAGAUGCUUCUGUCCCGGCGCCGAUGGAAACAGACGACCCCACAACCUGGCAGGAAUGGCCGCUCGAGAUUCUUGAUUCGAUGGAGUGGUCCACGCAGCUGUUCCAUACUAUCGACGGGCUGCCGUAG